AUGACAUCCGAAGCUAUCGAGUACCAGUAUUAUCAAAUUAAAGCCCGAUUCCCGGACACAGAUUCCAGUCCCGACGAUGGCAUUAACCGCAGGGUUUUUGUCCGACAGGAAAUCGAUGAAUGGAGCGGCAAGAAGUCGAACAAAAGGCAGGUCGACCUUUUCAUCCUGGCUCUGGACAAGUUUCAGAAGUUGGAUCCCAAAGAAAGACUCUCCUACUUUCAAGUCGCUGGUAUCCAUGGACAACCCUUUCAAGUCGUGUAUGACAUUAUGAUCCAGGAGGUCAUCCCCCAAUUCCCGGAGGAUCAUCAGGCCUCCUGGCGUCAACAUGCCGAGUCGUGGCGCCUGCCCUUCUGGGACUGGGCACGAAAGGGCCGUGUUCCCGACCUGGCGAAAUACCCCACUAUCACUGUUCCUAGGCCCGAGGGGGGCUCGAUGCGAAUUGACAAUCCCUUGUUCCAGUUCCGCAUGCCGACAGACAGGCCAAUGCGGAGUGAGGGGGUGGGAACCGAGAAUACAUGGGAGAAUGACUCUGAGCAGGAAGAUUAUAAGAACUUUGGCAAUGCGAUAGGUACCAGCCGUUGGCCAGACGAAGAGGACCAAAACCCGACUAGCGAGGGUUGGCGACAUGGUGUUGUCAACAAUCGUAAAGUCGCCGAUGCCUUUAAUGCCCACGAGGGGUAUAAUGACAAGAAUCAUGGUCCUGCCGCUGAGAUGGUUUUUCGACUGCUCACUGUUCCUAUGGACUACACCACAUUUGCAAGCACUAAUCCAACUUCGAAAGAUCAGAAUGUUGAGGGCUUAGGGCUUAGGGCUUAG